CGUCUUCUAAAGUUAAUCAAGGUAAACUGAAACCUCCUCAACACAGUUUGGUUAGCUUAGUAGCCAAAAGCCCUGUAAUUAAAUGAUUACAAAGACAAACAGACACAUGCGCCACCAAUUGUGUUUCAAACAAAUUAAUAUUUAAUGGGAAACGGGAGUCUUGUUUGAGGGGUUAUUUGCGCAUACGUUCACUCCCUGUGAGGGAUUCGACCUGAAUGCACACGGUUCAAUUACAGGCCGCUGGCUUUGGGACAGUAUUCCAAAACUUUCUUAAAAAAAAAAAAAAAAAUCCCUGGACUUGUAGGGAGCAGUGCUGUGAUUGGCUGAAAGCACGCGACACGAGUACGAAAAAGGAGGAGACAAAGCGAGCAGCGGAAUUUAAAGAGUGCGUUGAGAGGGAGCGAUUGAAGAGAAGAGGCACUGCGGCAGAUAAAGAGAAACAACUGGAAGCGACACCGCUGCCCUGUCAGCUGCUGAAGGGUUUACUGCGCGCAUCUGCUAGAAUAGAUUGAGUGGCCGUAUAACUGCUCAUACAUUGCGGUGUAAAAUAUUAUUUAUUGUUUGACUUUCAUGCUGUUAGUGGCUUUAGAAAUACUUGUCUUUAUAUUGUUUCGUGAAGAAAAUGUCACUAGCAAGUGCAAAACUGUCUCUGUUGGACUGGACAGAAGGGGGUGUAGAGGAGCGUCAAUCUGAACACCUGAAGUUUUCAGAAGUGCCCAGACUGGCGAGCAGCGACCCCCGAAGCUGGCUCAACCCCACUUUGCAAGCAGCAAGCCCUGGGUACGCGCCAUACCCCUCCACUGGCGGGUCGGUGUCGGCAUUAUUCCACCACGAAUCCAUGGAAGAGGACUUUGAAAAGAUGAUCACCGGCAGCAAGGUGUCAGGCACCACGACCCUAACUGAGCAAAACCUAACGCCUUUCACCGGCCCGCAGAAGCACAGGAGGGUCGCGGCUAAUGCAAGAGAGAGGCGGAGGAUGCAUGGUCUCAACCGGGCUUUCGACCAGCUGAGAAGCGUCAUCCCGUCCAUGGAAAACGAGAAGAAGCUGUCCAAGUACGACACCUUGCAAAUGGCGCAGAUCUACAUCAACGAACUGUCAGAGCUGCUGGACAACGUGAACGAAAGCGAGUGCAGCAGCCCCGGGACACAGGGGAGAAGAUGCAACGUGCAGCAAACCUGCUUCCCGGGAGGGGUUGGGGGGCUCGGCGGGAGCUUCCCGCGGGAUCCCCCGACUUCUUCUGCCAGGUUUUCCCAAGAUAACCCAUCACCAGCCGGACACUUGAUCAUCCUUUCUAACCCCAAAUCCGGAUUGGGGAAUGACAGCAAUUGCAAGACGAGCUCGUCCAACGGCAGUGAUGGAGAGUCUUCCCAUUUCAGUGACUGCGACGAGGGGCACACAGACAGACAUUAGACCGGGCACACAGGGUCCGUUUCUGUCAACUGCAGUCCCGUGGACUGUGAUGGGCUGGCGCUGGUGGGACAAAGUUAACCAGCCCGACAAAUGUGUGGUAGAAUGGAUUAAACUAAACUUUGUUUUAUUGUACGACGUCCAAGUGCUAAAAAAAUAUGUUUAAAAAGCCUUUACAUGUAUGUAAGAAAGGUGAACGUUUGCUAAAUUCGAGGCAGCGAUUAAUUCUAGCAACAGCUAAAAUAAAGCAUCGUUUAUUCUCAUUAUUAACAACCAAAAUACGCCCAACUCAGGAUCUGAGAUGGGGAUUGACAGUCCUACCCACUCAGCUAGAAACUUUUAGUUUUUCUUUAUGAAAUGUAACUUUUGUAUACAUAGAGCCAUGUAACCUUUAUACACACUUUAUAUAUUUCAACUUAUAAUGUUAAUUGUAAAUUGGGGAGGGGGGUGGUUUUAAAGCACAUGCCCAUUAACUAUGUAACACUCAACAGAGCUAAAUUGAGAGACACUAAAGGAAAUGUAAUUCAUUAAAAGCCUUGUGUGUAGGUGUGUUGCUUUUGGAAAACAACAAAAAAAUGAAUUAUGAGAAAAUACAGUUCACUCGCAAAAUGUAAGCUGUUUUUCCAUUACAUUAUACAUAUUCUCCUUACUUUUUCCCUAUUUUUGACAUAAUAUAGUGUUGUUGUUUGUUGUUUGUUGUUUAAUAAACAGUGUAAUUUAUAUUUUUUAUUAAAUCCGGGAGAGGUACAGUAGUUGCACUUUAAGAACAGUCUGUAGAUGUUGGGAGGAAUCCUCACAGAUCGGUCUUUUAGAUCUUAUAUAUUGCUUCAUUUGUAUUUUUGA